AUGCCCGAAACCGUUGAAAUCGCCAUCGUCAGCUUCAAAGACUCCCCCUCCUCUCCUCCUCAAUCCUGGCUCGACAACCUCAAAGCCUUCGCCUCAACACCGGGUCUCGUCGCCCUCUACUUUGGCCAGCAAAUCGAACAUCCCGACAAAUACACCUGGGUUGCCCGCUGGACCGGCCAGUCCGCCAUCGACGACUUCCACAACAGCCCCAACUUCAAAGCCUGGGCCGACGUCUACGCCGCGCCGCUCGCCACCAGCGUCAUCAAGACCACGCAAGAGACGACGGGCGAGCCGAGCGUUCCUCUGGACUCGCCUUGUACGGAGUUCUUCAUCAACCAUGGCGCCAGUGACGAUUUCCACAAGGCGAGGCUGGACCCCUUCAUUCAGAAGCUCGUGGAUGCGAAGCUGCCGGGCUUGAUUGGCGGUUCGACGGGCGAGUACAAGACUGUGAUUAAUGUCAAUGAGGAGGUGCCGGAGCAGAAGGAGGUGAUUCUGCUGCUGGGCUGGGUUGAUAAGGAGGCUCAUACCGCCCUACAGGGAGAGGGCAGCACUAUUGUCUCCAAUCUGCCCAUGAUUCUUCCCUACAGCAAGGGGUUCAACCUGUAUCAUGUCAACUUGAAGAAGCUGUAA